ACACAACGCUGGACGGCACCAGUCUUUUCCUCGUCGCCAGGGAGAUCAGCCAGCUCAACAUGACGAUGCUGAUGCUGCGUCUACGAAAGUCUCGGUCGAUGAUUCCGGAAUGGGCAUUACCCAGACGAUCAAUCAGGCAAAAGGUCCGGGGUCUUAUCCGCAAUUUCCGAAGCAGCCAGAUGUCUCUCACAAUCCAGUCGGCGCACAAACCGACCCGUUCAAGAUCAUGGAUUCGGGCGAUCUAAUAGCUAGUUCUGCUCAAGCUAAAGCGACGACAGAGCAACCGCGACGAUCCUUGCCGAGCAGUUUCUUUGGGAUUGACGAGUCUGGAAUGUGGCGCUUCAAACUCCUCCCAUCUCGUUCUCCAUAUCAGUCAGGGUUGUGGAUGGAACGGCAGAUUCUGCUGAUUAGGGAUCAUCGGGCUGGCGCCUCGUGGGGAGUCUAUAGCGUAUCGUGGGUCAGCGCUCAAGCCACCCGCAAGAUCUUCGCGACCCACGCCAGGGUCUUUGACACUGAACAAGUGCUCUUCGUACAGCUGGACGGGGCUGUUUGGCGAUGUGUUAAAGAGGACGCUUCCGACGGGUAUGUCAUUCACGACCGGCUCCGAGAUGCUUAGGAUCUUGUCGGGAUCAGCCAAGUCGCCAACUUGAUAGCAAACCAUGUCGUAUCUUCUCUCAAUUGUAGCCAGUGACGCGUUGUAUGCACAGCUCUGCCCAUAUCUG